AUGGUCACAAUUGAUAAAAUUCUCAAAUUACACUUCGAAAGAACCGGUCGAAAUUCAAUACUUAUGGAUGGAGGAAUUGGGUUGACAAUUGAUAUGAGAGUGAGGGAUAUAGCUUGCUUGGGAUUGGGUGUAUACGCUUUUUGGGAGAUUGUGAAGGUAGAAGAUGGUGGGAGUACAAGGUUCGACCGACUGAAAUUGGUGGGAGCUUGGGGGUGA